UCGUCGUCCUCGUGACCUCGUCGCCAUCUCGAAUCCCCUCUCGCCCUUUCGCUUGGCGACCGACCCCGCCGCCCGGCCCGGCCCGCCGCCAAGCCCAAACCCUAACCCUUGCUUCAGCUCUCCCCCGCCGCGGUCGACAUGUCCGGCAGGCUGGUCCGGCGGGUCCUCCAGCAGAGGGAGGCCUCCCCGCAGGACCCCGCCGAGGACGCCCUCGUGGUGGUGGAAGAGGAAGAGGAGGAGGAGGAGGCGGGCUCCCCUACCCGCGUCGCCGCCAGGAACCCCUUCGACCUCCUCGACGACGACGACGACGAGCCAGAAGAGGACAAGGAAGAUGAAGUGCAUACUGAUCAAACUGCGAGUUAUACAGAACAGAAACAAUAUGUGAAAAAGAAGCCUAACGGCGCUGUUCCUGAAACAAACAAGAAAUCAAAGAAGAAGAAGAAAAAGGGCAAGGCAGAACCACCAGCCUCGACGAAGUCGAGGGAUGAGAAAUCACUGGACUUAAUUCUGGAAGAUCUAGCUAUUGAAAAGAGGCCCAUGCAAAAAAGUGUUCAUCAAAAUGACAGAGCAACUGGGAAGGAGAUUGAGACAAUUGAAAUGACUGCUGGGACAUCCUCAGUUCUUGCAAUUGAUCCCAAACAUCUCAAGGCUGAAAAUGAGAUGAGGCGCAUUUUUGGAUCAAAGGUAGUUGAUUCACUUGAAAACCAGCGGAAUAUGCCUGGCACUUCAAGGCAAGUGCGUGGUGUUAGGCGUGCUGGCCUUAAUCCUAGAAGAACCCUACUUGUAUCUCCACCUGGCUUCUGGCCAGCAUGGGAUAAGUCAAUGUCAAUGGAUCUUGUUGAGACAAAGGGCAGUUUGAAUUAUUUCAGGUACGUAUAUGAUCCUUCUGUCAGCCAUGUGCAGGAAUUGUUUGAAGCUGCCAAGUCAGCCAAUGACCUCAAUGCCAUUGCUGCUAUAUUAGCAAAAUACCCCUACCAUCCAGACUCGUUAUUGACAUUUGCUGAUCUGUUCAAAUAUUCUGGAGAACAUCAAUCAUCAGCAGACGCUGUUGAGAAGUGUCUAUUUGCACUAGAGUGUGCUUGGCAUCCACUAUUUAAUCCACUGCAGGGCAACUAUCAGUUGAAAUACAGCCAUGACUUAAACAAGCCAUUUUUUACAGCCCUUUUCAGUCACAUGAAAAAUCUGGAUAGGCGUGGUUGUCACCGUUCAGCUUUAGAGGCCUGCAAGUUUCUUUUGUCAUUGGAUUCUGAUGACCCAAAGGGUGCUCUGUUUUGCAUUGAUUACUUUGCUCUAAGAUCGCAGCAGUACAAAUGGUUGGAACAGUUUGCUGAAGAGUACCAGUGUGAUAACUCCCUCUGGCUGUUUCCUAAUUUCUCCUUUUCUCUAGCCAUUGCACGGUUUUAUCUUGAACGUGAUGCUGAGGAUGUUUCUGAUCAUGCUGACAAGUCAACAGCUGUUGAUCUCAUGAAGCAAGCAUUGAUGCUUCAUCCUCUGGUGCUUUCUAAGAUUGUUGACAAGGCUCCUUUGAAGGACUCUUCAUGGACCCAAAUACUCAAGAAUGGGUUCUUUGGAUCAGCAAAGCCAGGAAGCCCUUCACUCGAGCAUGUGAUUAACAUAUAUGUUGAGCGUCAUUGUAUCAUGUGGAGGUUCCCGGAACUUCAGAACUUACUCAAAGAAGCUGCUCUUCUGGUGAUUGAAUCACUAAAGCACGACAGCAGAGAAGCCCAGGACUGGGCAUGUGUUAGGAAAGAGGCAUUCUCUUCAGAAAAGAAUGAGUACUCUCAUCUGCUUGUUUCAGACUUCUCUGACACAACACCAUCGCUCCCUCCGGAAGAACUGCGGCCAUUUAUGGUUGGACCAGGAAUGGCGCAUGAUAUGCCGCCUGUUGAACAAGAAGCUGGGCCUGAGAGAAUCCAUGCCCCUCUUGAAGUUGCUGGGCGCAACGCUGCGAUGGUCUUCCUGGAAUCACUGCUCCCAUGGGUCAACUACGGGGACAACCGUCACGACGGAAAUGAUCAACACGAUGAUGAUUGAGCUGUCGCAAGCACAAAGUGACAUAUGGUCAUGGUUAAACUCACAUGGCCAACCGGAAUCAGUGAUCCUCCCCUGUGUCUGCGAUGCUUAAGAAAAGCUGCUGUUAAUUGUGUGCGAAUGCCCCUAGUUAUUUUUCAUGGCCUUGGCAAAGGUUAUACAUGUAUAGUUGAUCCGGUAAAUCGCUGAAUAUUUGCAUGCCAGUUUUGGGCCCGGAGAUUAGAGUCCAUGUACCAUCAUUACUAGAGUUUUUUUUUUUUGCGGGGACCAUCAUUACUAGAGUUGAUAUGCCAAGUUCUGUAACUGGCCCGUUAGGUCAGGCUUCAUUUGUCCUUGGCGCACUGCAAAAUACUUUGGAGCAACAUCAUAGAUAAAUUCGCAAUCCGCCCUACAUUCAGCAGUUGGCUGUUCCUCCUUGAAAUCUCUCCUUGUACUUGGAAGAGAAAUACUCGAGUUUGGAAUAUUUGCAUGCCAGUAUAUGCUU